UUGGUCACUCUUAAUAAUUGGUUCUCAAUUUAAUACUGAAUCUUGCCCGUACUUAAUUUCGCAGAGUUGAGAGCACUUAUCAAAUUCGAUUUCAUUAUAAUAUCAUUUUAUUUUGAGAGUCUUGGAAUUACGCUCUAUAUAUCGGAGUCGGCGUUGCCAGCGCGCCAUCCUCGCCGCCGCCGCGCCCGCCGCCGCCGCCAUGUCGCCGCUCGCCCGCUCGCUGCUCGCGCUCGCCGCGCUGCUCGCCGCCGCCGACGCCGGCAGAGAACAAGUACAGUUUGGGGUCAAUUCGCCACAUUUCACCAGGCUGAAUGAAGUAACGCUGAACCCACAGGGAGGAUGGAUAAAACCCAAGAAUUACUGUUCCAGCGUACCAAAAGGCGCGCUGGUGGUAGCCAGCAACGCUGACAACGACCGCGCGCCGUACAUCGCCGGAACGGUGCAGAGCAUCAGCGUAACGUGCACGCCACUAGGACCGUACACGACGUGCAAGGACAAUAUCAGAGUCAAUGUUACGCAGUUUUGUUAAUUAUGUCUUAAAUGCAAAUAGCAUUUUUUUAUUGUAAAAUUUUACUUGAUAAUAGAGCUUGUUAGUGUCAAAAUUUACUGUUACAGGAAAGGACAUACGUUAAGUGAUCUCUUUUUUCGAAAUUUAAUGCGUCGUAACAUUCUUUUUAUUAAAUUUGGACAUUACGUCGCCGGCACUCUUCAGAGUAUCAGCGUGACAUGCACGCCACGCCGGUAGAAACGCAAAGUGUGGACAUAGCUUAAAUAACCUUCAGAAUCAUUUUAGAUCCCCCGUAACAUCCAUCUUACAAAACUUAAAUGGGACUCAUUUUAGUCAUACCUUCAGUCUCGCUCUCUCAUAUCUCUCACAGCCAAGGAGGGAAAGGGGCAGAGAAAGACCGUUUUUCAGAGGGUCCUGAUUUAUAUGUUACCUGUGAAAUUUAUAACGGCUGAUAAAUUUCUGCCAAAUUGAACCAUAAAUAAAAUGUAUCCUGCUAGGGGGAGCUACACUAUACACAUUUUUUAUUAAGAUACACAUAUUUUUGUGAUAGCGUAGCGACGCUGUGGUAAAGAAGUUAAUUAUUGUUUAAAUUUAUUGUAUACAUCAUCUAUAUAUAUAUAUAUAUAUAGAUAUUUAUACCGUGGGUCUAUAUAACUGGGUGUAUUAUUCAGGAACUUUCUGCCUCGCACUGCUAAACUGUGGAAUGAACUGUCGCCUGCGGUAUUUCCGGACCGAUACGACCUUCAAACCUUCAAAAAAAGAGCGUACUCCCAUCUUAAAGGCCGGCAACGCACUUUCAACCCCUCUGGUGUUGCAGGUGUCCAUGGGCGGCGGUAAUCGCUUACCAUCAGGUGAUCCGUCUGCUCGUUUGCCUCCUCUACCAUAAAAAAAAAAUUGACCGCAUUUAGAGUCUGAAAAGGCAUACAGUUUUCUGAAAUCGCUUUUCUUUUAGAGAUAAUGACAAUCCUUGUGAUAAUUUAUUUCUGUAAUAACUCAGUGCAAAACUACUUUUUUGAUGCGAUGCUUUUUUUGCUGAAUUUGACCAAAAGUCAUAUAAUAUUUUUUGUUCCUUAUGGCCUCAGGAAUGCGUGGUUAAAAUCCGUCGGAUUAUAUGGGCCCACUGUGUAUAUAUAUUUUUACACACAUUUAGAUACAUGUAACCUGUAAAUAUAUAGUGACGUAUAAGAUGUAAAUUUUAUGAAUAAAAAAUUGAAUUGAAUUGAAUUGAAUAAUACCACGACGGUGGCAAACAAGCACACGGCCCGCCUGAUGGUAAGCAGUCACCGUAGCCUAUGGACGC